CCUUUUGUGCCAAGUUAUUUAGCACUCAAAAAUAGUUACUUUCAUCACACCAACUCAAACGUGUACGAGUGGCCUUGCACCAACAUGUUGUUUCGUUUUCCCAUGCAGUUACCAGACCUAGGCAGGUGGUCCUAUCUAUUCAAAAAUUUCUCAUCGUUGCUCAUCCCUUUUACUACUACUAAUCCAGAAUUUCUUGAAUAUAUGAUCGACUUGAAGAAUAUUCCUAUUCAAUAUUUCAACUUUGAUUCUGUAUCUGUUCCCCUUUCACUCAUACUGCAGUAGCCCAGUCUACCAUGAAUAGUUCAGAAAAUGCUUCUACGUCCGACAGGGACGUCGUAGUGAAAGAUAAUUCCACUACUGACUGGCCAUCGGACAGGGUGGUGGGCGAGGCACAAGAGUUGGUAGUAGAGGAAUGGCAACCAUCCAAACAUGAAAAAGCUAUCAUCUACACCAUUGCUUUCCUUAACCUCAUUGUCUCUCUGGAUGCCACUAUUAUUGUCACCGCUUUAGCUGCAAUUGUCGACGAUAUUGGUGGCACAACUACUCAAGCCUUCUGGAUUGCCACAUCGUAUCUUCUUGUAAAUGCAGUUACUAUGCCAAUGAUCUGCUCGAUUAGUGAUGUUAUUGGCCGACCUAUUUGCCUUACCUUCUCGAUCGCCGCUUUUACAGUAGGAACAAUAGUCUGCUGCACUGCACACAGCAUAGCGGUGCUUCUUCUGGGGCGUUGUAUCCAGGGAGUUGGCGGUGGAGGUAUCCACUCCUUGGGUCUUGUCAUUCACACUGAUUUUGUUCCCUUGAGAUGGCGACCGAAGUGGUACGGUAUCACACUUGCGGCAUGGGCUAUAGGCCUCUCGAUAGGCCCAGUAACAGGUGGUGCUAUUGCCCAGAGGACUACAUGGCGUUGGAUAUUUUAUCUCAUGUUUCCCAUUUGCGCGUUUGGCCUCGUUGCCGUACCAUAUCUCCUCACCCUGCGACCUAAAAGGGCCACAUUCCAGGAGAAAAUGGAAAGGAUUGACUGGCUAGGAGGAUUCAUCUUCACUUGUUCCGCAACAGCCUUUCUUAUCGCAAUUUCUUGGGGCGGCACACAGUAUGCAUGGAAUAGUGCGGCUACACUGGUUCCUCUUAUUCUGGGCAUUGCGGGUUUAAUCGGUACAGCCUUCUAUGUUGGGUUUAUUGCGAAAUAUCCUUUCAUUCCAAAUGAUUUAUUUUGUGACGUUAGCUCUAUCGUAGCAUAUAUUGCUGCUUGUCUUCAAGGAAUUCUGUUAUAUGGGACAUUAUACUAUUGCCCUCUUUAUUUCAUGUCUGUGAAGGAAUAUACCCCAAUUGACGCAGGUGUGGCUACACUUCCAAAUCUUCUACUGUUUGCUGUAUCCGGAAUUGUCACUGGACGCCUUGUUACCAGGUUUAACAAUUUCCGUUGGGCGAUUUGGUUUGGCUGGUUCUUCAGCUGCGUCGCGACGGCAAUGUAUACGGCAUGGAGAAUUGAUGACAGCAAGCCGGUCUGGGUCAUCAGCUUUAUGAUAGGCGGCAUGUCACAUGGUGCUAUAUUAAAUGCGCAAAAUUUCGCUACCCAGGCCAUAUGCAAACCCGGAGAUGAAGGUGCGGCGGCGGCGAUGUAUAUCUUCGCAAGGCAGUUCGGCAUGGCCCUCGGCGUAGGAAUAGGGGCUACAACGUUCCAGAACGUCAUGAAACUAAACCUCAGGUGGGGAGGGUUGCCAACUUACAUCGCCGACUAUGCUGAAGCCUAUAUUCCAACCUUACACUCUCUUCCUCAUGGCCCUACCCGGGACGCAAUAUACGACUCGUACAAGGCUGGAUUCCAGGCCGUAGUUGCCACUUGGCUUGGGAUUUCAGUUCUCGUCCUCUUCCUCACCCUAGUGUUUAUUAAACACGCUGAUAUGAACAGAAAGCUUGAUAGCGACCACAUAAUUGACAGCACGCGAAUGUUUAGGCACUGGGAGAAGAAACAAUCCACUCCAAACGGCAACGAGAUGUAAGAUAUGGAUAUAUCUGGCGACUCAUCGAACUCGCUGGAUAUGUCUUCGACAAGUAUGAGAGUCUGGGCUUGUUUGCAUAGUCGUUCCUAAAUGUACCUACCUAACCAAGCUAGUCUUUGAUAUCUAUUCAUCGUUAUCCAUUGUGUAAUUUCCUCUUUUCUUCUGUCUUCGAAUGCGGGAUUUAAUUAUUAUAUGCGCAACGUUAGGUACUUUCUAUAUUUCAAUGACUACCUAAGUACCUACCUAUAUCUUCCUGUAAAAUACUACUUUAUUAACAUAUUAAAUGCGUUGGUGAGGUUAGAUACACAUGUCAGAUUAGUCAGCCAUGUCAGGUGACCUGAAAAUCCCUAGUCCCA